AUGGAGCACGAAGGUGUGCUGACCAUCUUGUUGGGCAUUUGCCUGGCCAUCAUUGCUGCAUGGAAGUGGAGGCACAAGGAGGGGAGAUUUCCACCUGGGCCAAUGCCCUUGCCUUUCUUUGGCAACUUACUGCAACUGAGCCCUAAGGAUCCCCCCAAGUCACUCCUAGCGCUGAGGGACAAAUAUGGCCCUAUAUUCACAUUGUACCUGGGCCCCCGACGGGUUGUGGUUCUUUGUGGGCAUGAGGCACUGAAGGAAGCUCUGGUGGACCAUGGUGAACAGUUCUGUGGGAGGGGAGAUGUCGCUAUCCUUGACCGGAGCUUCAAAGGUUUGGGAAUUGUUAUGGCCAAUGGAGAGUGCUGGAAGAAGCUCCGUCACUUCACUCUUGUCACGUUGAAGAAUUUUGGGAUGGGGAAAUGCUCCAUUGAAGAGCGUAUCCAGGAAGAAGCGCAGUACCUGCUGGAGAAAUUCAGAAAAACCAAAGGUCUGCCAUUUGACCCCACCUACCUUCUAAGCUGCACAACUUCCAACAUUAUUUGCUCCAUUGUCUUUGGCAGACGUUUUGAGUAUGAAGACAAAAAUUUUCUCUCCAUGUUGGAUCUGACAAACAAAUUAUUUUUUGAGUUGAGCACUCCUUGGGCAAAGCUGUAUGAUAUGUAUUCUGGCAUCAUGCAAUACUUGCCCGGAGGACACAAGCGUAUCUACAACCUCCUAGAGGAGCUGAAAACCUUCAUUGCUGAGAAAAUCAAAGUCAACCAAGAGACCUUAGAUCCCAAGAACCCAAGAGACUUUAUUGAUUGCUUCCUCAUCGAGAUGGAAAAGGAAAAGGGAAACCCUUCCACUGAAUUCACAAUGGACAACUUGGUCCUCACAGUUCUCAACUUGUUCACAGCUGGGACAGAGACGAUCAGCUCCACCCUGAGAUAUGCACUCCUCUUGAUGAUGAAAUAUCCAGAAGUGGAAGCAAAGGUCCACCAAGAAAUUGACAGUGUUGUUGGUGCCAACCGUACUCCUGCUGUCAAGGACAGAAUGAACAUGCCCUAUACAAAUGCUGUCAUUCAUGAGAUCCAAAGGGUGGUAGAUAUCCUUCCCUUAGGAGUGCUACGCAAGGUAACUGAAGACACAGAGUUCCGAGGUUACCUCCUUCCCAAGGACACUAACAUUAUUGCCUUUCUAGGCUCAGUUUUGUAUGACCGAAAAUAUUUCAGUGACCCUGAAAUAUUCAAUCCAGAGCACUUCCUAAGUGAAGAAGGACACUUUAAGAAGAAUGAUGCCUUUGUGCCAUUCUCCACAGGGAAACGUGCCUGCGUAGGAGAAUCGAUGGCCCGCAUGGAGCUCUUCUUGUAUUUUACCACCAUCCUGCAAAACUUCUCAGUGAAAUCGUCUUUGGCCCCAAAAGACAUUAACACCUCUCCCCAACUUAGUGGCCUUUUAAAAAUUCCUCCCAUAUACCAGCUGUGUUUGGUGCCUCGCUAA